AUGACACGCCCGCUCUGCGCUUCAGGAAUCUACUGCGGUCUUGAGACCGUACAUGGAGCUAGUCCAUCCCCUGUUCCCAUUCCUGUGUCCGAAAGAGUUCGAAAAACGGACUGCUGCACCAAACCUUGCACAAGACGUCGCCGCCACGUCGCCGCCAGUAGAUCCUGGGCUUGCCUCUAUUACGCAGUGGUGGCAGUCGGCUGUCAACAUUGUGACGGUGGAAGCUAUGAGGCUCGGACGGGCUCAGCAUGGGCUUACUUUGAGCAAGCAAUGAAUUAUUCCCAAGACCUUCAUUUCCCAGUCUCGCUCACCUUAGUGCAGGCACUCGUGGCGCUUGUGAGCACCCUGUCUCUUCCUCAAGGUGUGCAGAGCACUAAAAACAGUGCUAUUGCAGAACAAGGACUUUUGGAGUCUGAAACUGACCCUCUAGGCGCUUUUCUCUCAAUCAAUAGCGGGAUUUGGCCUCAAGCCGUCGAUGAUAGCAGAGGCAGCUGUUUUGGCCCAAAGUUCCAGACUAAACCGAUCUACAUCAACAUCCGUGAGCGCAUCAUCCCGGACAUUCUGGGUUUUUUACUACACGGAAAAAUCUCCUGCUUCGUGGCUGGGAGGGUCCCAACCCUCCAGGACGCCCACAUUAGCUGUUCCCUACCCAACACAUCCGAAUGGUCCUUCGAUGACUACGGCUGGCUCAUUAGUUUUUUAAAAUACUCUCGGCUGGUCUCCAAGAUCCAAUCCCGCCUAUUUAAUACCACCUCAAUGCUCCAAUCCUGCACAGUCUGCCGCACAACCGUUGAGGCUCUGCAAGCCGAGCUCGAGAAAUGGAGAGACUCCAUCCCGCGCCGGUUUCGGCCGGCAGAGCCGCUUCGCCCGCGCAUGCUGGGUGAGCCUAGGGCACUGUCUAUCGCUAUCCAAAUCCCACUAUUACUACCGAUCAGAGUAUUACUGCGACCAGCACAGACAUUGCCCAACAACCCAACCCUCCAUCUACGUCCCCGAUGGACAGGUGACUUCCGUCGCCUCCGCUGUCUUCCCUCGCUCGCCAAUACGAACACCAAUGAGACUGUGCAUUCUCAGGCUGCUAGCGUGAUGGUUGCAAUGCCCACAGCGCUGGCUAGAAUCAAGACCCCUUCUUCUCACCCGUUGACGGGCAGAUGUACCAUCUGUCUAUCUGGGGGUAGACUUGAGGGGAUUGUUUGA